GUGAGACAACAUGGCUGCUAAACAACCCGGUGAAGACGAGCGCUCCGAGGACCAGCGGGGGGGAUUCCUGGUGAGGCUCAGGGAGUUCAAACCAAAGGAGGUUUUCACUUGGCAGCUCGCCAAAACGCUGGCAAUGGGUCAGGGUUUGGCCGGGCUCAUCUGUGGUACCGCGGUCUCCUCUCAGUACCUGGCCGCAGAGUUUCACCUGAACGCGCCAAUGCUGCAGAGCUUCCUGAACUACACGCUGCUGUGCGCCACCUACACCAGCAUGAUGAUCUGCAGGAGAGGGGAUGGAAAUAUCUUGCAGAUCCUUAAGAGAAGAUGGUGGAGGUACUUACUGCUGGGUCUGGUGGAUGUGGAGGCCAACUACACCGUGGUCAAAGCCUAUCAGUACACCACCCUCACCAGCGUCCAGUUGCUGGACUGCUUUAUCAUCCCGGUCCUAAUGAUUCUGUCCUGGUGGAUCCUGAAGACCCGGUACAGACUGACCCACUAUGUGGCCGUCUGCCUCUGUCUGCUGGGAGUCGGGGCCAUGGUGGGCGCCGACCUGCUGGCUGGAAGAGACCAGGGCUCCACCUCCAACAUCUUAUUAGGAGACGGUUUGGUUCUGCUCAGUGCUGCUUUGUACGCGGUGUCCAAUGUGUCUCAGGAGUACACAGUAAAGAACCUGAGCAGAGUGGAGUUCCUGGGGAUGAUUGGCCUGUUUGGGACCGUCAUUAGCACCGUCCAGAUGGUCAUCCUGGAGCGUAAUGAGUUGUCCAAUAUUAUCUGGAGCUGGCAAGUUGGGCUUCUGCUUGCUGCAUAUGCUCUGUGCAUGUACGCUCUGUACAGCUUCAUGCCCAUAGUGGUGAAGAUGAGCAGUGCCACCUCUGUCAAUCUCUCGCUGCUCACCGCCGACCUCUUCAGUCUCUUCUGCGGGAUCUUCCUCUUCCAGUACAACUUCUCUGGACUCUACCUGGUCUCUCUUGUGGUCAUCCUCCUCGGCUUCAUCAUUUUCAAUGCUGUACCGACGCCCACCGCCACUGCCACCUCUUCUUCCUCUUCUUCCUCUUCCUCAAUCUGUGAGGAAGGCUGCUAUGAGAAUCCUGGAGCGACUGAGGAUGACUCCAACAGAGAUGAAGAUCCAGGAAGGAUCCCCACUGAGGUGGAGGAGGAGGAUGAAGAGCGGCGAGCGGAUAAAACGGAUUCAUCACGAAGCUUUAGAGAGGAAACUGAUGGAGAUCGUACUGUUGAACACAGCAUUUAACACAUUUAUUUUACACAUUUAUUUAUUGAGUUUUCAUUCGUGUUAGUGUGCACUAAACCUCGUUUGGUUUG